AUGGCAGGUCCCGUCGCUGAUAUCCGUGAGAUCAGCGGAUCGGAUCUGAUCUCUGCUCUUCAUCUUGCUCAACAAGCACCAGCAAUCCUUGGCCAGGAAUCCGGGUCUGGGGUGACCUCUAAUUCUUCCGAAACUGCAGAUUACUAUGCACGAUUAGAGCAGCUUCUGUUAGCCUGUCUUCGGACGGGGGAUGACCAGUCAGCACAUACCUGCCUGAAUCGCCUCAGCCUCCGGUUUGGACCGUCUAAUGAAAGGAUUAUGGGGCUUCGAGGUCUAUACGAGGAGGCAACCGCCAAGGAUCAGUCGGCACUAGAAAAAUGCCUGCAGGAAUACGACAACACACUGUCACAAAGUCCAGUGAAUGUGCCCAUCCUAAAGCGCCGGGUAGCAUUGUUACGCUCGCUCGACCGACCAUCUGACGCAAUCUCCGGUCUUAUUCAACUCCUCGAUGCCAUCCCUACCGAUGCCGAAGCCUGGUGUGAACUAGCCGACUUGUAUCAGUCACAGGGGUUGGGUUCCCAGGCCAUUUUUAGCCUCGAGGAGGCUUUACUCAUCGCUCCUAACUCUUGGAAUAUUCAUUCCCGCCUCGGUGAACUGCUAUACAUCUGCGCCUCCGACGGGGACGCAUCCCGGCUCCUUGGGAGGUCUGUGCAACACUUCAGUCGAAGCAUUGAACUUUGCGACGACUAUCUACGAGGAUUCUAUGGGUUAACUUUGGCCUCAACUCGGAUGCUUGACAAUGAUUACGCAGGCGUAUCAGGUCAACUUCCUAAGAAGACCCUAGAACGAUUGAAGGCCUUUGCGCUCCUCAAGUUGGGCGAAAUUGUUGAGUCACGGUCGAUGGAUGACCAACAUUGGGCAUCGAGUCGAAGUGAGCUGAUUGCAGCCAAGGAGCUCAGCAUCUCCAUUGAUCCAAACCCCCAUGGUUCGGAUCGCUCUUACUCCGACGACGAGGGCUCGUCUGGUGUGCAUGUCCCUACGUCUUCCGAAUUAGAAAGUCAUGAGUACCAGGAUUAUGAUGAGUGGGCGCAUUUGCCAUAUCCGGAUGAAUUGAAACCAUCUGAUUCAGCCUCCCGACCAAGAACUUCGCACCGCAGUCGUCCGCCCCACGGUUCACGCUCCGCUUCGGGCCGUCGCCCAACAUCGCGACGGAUGGUUCCAGAACAUCAGUCGUUCGCCCCUCGAGGCCGAAGACAACAAUCACCAGAUUCCCCCGACAGUGCCGAUUCCGCCGACGAGUACCCGCCCAAUUUUGGUCGAAAUGAUCGGAGGAAUUGGCAACAACCUAUGCCACCUGCCCCUGGAUACGCCCCCAGCCAGUCCUCUGGUCCAUCUUACCCGCCUUACCCUCCUCCUCCUCCUCCCCCGGGCCAUAACCCCUAUGCCCACCACAAUCCUCCCCCAAUUACAUCGGAACUCAUGAGAAUUCCUCACCCGGGCCAACCUAACCCCUACGGUGUCCCUCAGCCCUAUGGAUAUCCACCUCAAUUCCAACCGGGUUUUCCGCCCGACCAACCCCACCUUCAUCCACGGCAUGCGCCUCGCCAGCCGCCUCAACUGCACAAUCCAAUGCAACCUCCAAUGCAACCGCCAAUGCCGCACGCGAUGGGUCUACACGGUGCACACUCCCCUUACCCCGGAUAUCCCCACGAAUUGAUGGCCUACGGUCAGACUGGUUUCUAUCGAGAUCAACCCAGCUAUUUCGGGGGACCGAUCCCGGGCAUGAUGCCUCCUCAUUAUUGGCCACCCUAUCCCCCAGUGCCUUCUCCUCCAGUGCAACCCGAACCUAAAUCCCCCCCACCCCCGACACCUGCUCCCGAACCGGCUCCAGCUCCAGCCCCAGCCCCAGCUCCAGCCCCAGCUCCAGCUCCGGCACCUGAACCUGCGCCCCCUCCACCGCCGCCUCCACCGCCGCCUCCGCCAGUCGACACUGCCAAGGAUGAGCAAAUUGCAAGGCUCGAGAAGUUGAUUCUGGACGACCGCCUAGACCGCGAGGCGAAGGAGCUUGCAAAGAAACAGGCCAUUGAACGCGCAGCUGCCGAGAAAGCAGCUCAGGAUGCACAGACCGCGCAUGAUAGGAAAAUUACCCUGGAAGCUGCGGCGCUUGCUCGAGCAGAUGCGGAAAAAAAGGCAGCGGAGGAUGCCGCAAAGGCCAAGGAGGAGGCGGAGAAAGCCACUGCCGCGGCCGCUUCUGAGGCAGCAGCGGCAGCAACGGCCGCGGCUAAUGAAGCAGCUGCCAAGGCGGCCGCAGAGGCUGCUGAAGCAGCUGCUAAAGCUGCCGAACCGCCGCCACCACCGCCACCCCCAGAGAAGAAGCAGCCUAUCAAAUUCAAGGACGCUGUUGGGAGGAAAUUCAGUUUUCCAUUUGAACUAUGUGCUACCUGGCAGGGAAUGGAGGAGCUCAUCCGGCAGGCCUUCCUCCAUAUUGAAGUCAUUGGACCCCAUGUGGCCGAGGGCCAUUACGAUCUUAUUGGUCCGAAUGGCGACAUUAUCCUCCCACAGGUUUGGGAAACUGUAAUCGAGCCUGACUGGGCUAUCACUAUGCACAUGUGGCCAAUUCCCGAAAAGCCAAAGGAAGACCCUCCCCCUGCGCCAGAGCCUGCUCCGGUAAAACCUCCCGAUCCACCUGCCGAUCCACCUGCCGAGCCGAAAAAGAAAGCAGACGGCCCUAAGAAAGCCAAGGCCGGAGGACCAGUUGUCCCCGGAAGUUUCGCGAUGUGGAUGUUAGGUGGCACCAAUCGCCGGGGGGGCAAAGGGGGUCCUAAAGUGGAAAAAAAAGCCCGAUGCCCCUCCCCCAGCACCCGCACCAUGAGAAUUUGGUUUCCGCCGGAUCACCCUGCGUAG